AUGGACGGUACUAAAGUCAAAAAUUGGACACUUUCUGCUUCAACGACGGUAUAUACUGCAGAUAAAAAAGAUGGUGCUCAAUCAAUCAAAAUAGUAGGUUCAUCUAAACUUGAAUAUGUAAGUCAACGAGUAGUUUUAGAAAAGGGAUUUCAAUAUGAAGUAUGUUGCAAUGUAAAAUUAACAGCAAAUGCCAAGAAAUUCUUUGCGUUUGCCAUCGAAGAGUCGUUCAAUGGGACUUGGAUCACGGGUUCAUACCAUUCCCUUCUUAAUGAAACGAAUGGCUGGGAGAAAAAGUGCUUCACAACUAAAGUCGUUAAGAAUGAGACACAUUCGUAUAACAAUAUUUACUACAUAGCCAAAGACACCAAUGGAAUUGCUUAUGUAGACAGUGUUUCAGUGACCAAAUUCACUUCAUUUCUUGAGAAUGUCGAAGUUGUCAGUUACAGACAAGAAGUGCAAGACUCUCAAAAGACGAUAGAAGUGUAUGUCAAGCAAAAUGCGUCUUCUGAAAUAGAUCUUCAACACCUGCAAAUUACAGUUUCAAUUUCUAAAAGUGGUGUUGUUAAAACAUCUAAAACCAUGUUUGCUACAGGAACAAUCACUAAUAUACAAAUGAAUAACAUUUUAACACUCAAAGGAUUAUAUGAUGUCACUGCCGAGUUAUUGUAUCUUCCAGAGAACACCAAAGAAACUAUUAAAACACGGUUAAAUCGCGUAGUUGAUAAACACCAGAAAUUCACUUUUGAUAAAUACGGAAGAGUAUUAGAGAACGGAGUGCCAUUUUUACCUAUUGGCAUGUAUUACUCUUCAAUUACAGAAGAUGAAAUGGAAGAAUUGGUUAAGACCCAUAUUAACAUAAUGAUGCCUUAUGGCAAGCCGCCUAUCAAAAUGUUGGACAUAAUGAAUGCGAAAUACGGCGAUAAAUUACGAGCUUUAAUUACAGUCAAAGACUUGUAUUCAUAUAAUAGAUCAUCGUGUAAUAUAACUAAGGAUUAUUAUAACGUGGAAUAUAAGAAAUUGUUGACUUAUAUUGAGACGUACAAAGACCACCCUAAUGUCUUUGCGUGGUAUGUCGAUGACGAAACUCCGUUAUGUGGACUUGAUGAGAUGAUCAAUUUGACUAUGACUAUUAGAGAUAAAGACCCCAAUCAUCCGUGUUACUCCGUAUAUUUCCAGCGUCAAGAUACAGUUCAAUAUCUUCCUGCGUUCGAUGCCUUUGGAUUGGACAUAUAUCCCAUCAACGAAUCGGUAGUGUUCAAUGUAUACAAAUAUCAAAAGGAAGUGAAUGAUAUUGUCAUGGGCACUCGAUCGACUUGGCCCGUUCUACAAGCUAUGAAUUGGAAAUCAUAUGCACUGAAAUAUCCAGAAUUGUAUGGAAAAAAGGUAACACGAGCACCAACUUUACAGGAGUUAAGGGUGAUGAGUUGGUUGGGGUUCAUUGGAGGAGCUAAAGGAGUGUUUUACUAUUCUUACUACGAUCUAGUGUAUAUGGACGAUAAGGGAGAUCCUUUUGUGAACAGGUGGUUUGACGUGACAGUCACUACAAAUGAAAUAUACAACAUGAGAGACGUCAUUCUUUCUAUUGAACGACCAUCAGAAUAUGAUGUCGAAAUGGAGACAGACAAAGUUGUGUUUUUAAAGAAACGAGUGAAAAACUACGAUUAUAUAAUCAUCGCAAAUGCAGACCAAAAAGAAGAAAGAAACGCAAGUGUUGUUCUUCCUAAUGGAAAGUAUGAACGAAUAUUGGGAAAUGGAAUUAUCAAAAACAAUAAAGGAAAGGUGGAAAUUAAAUUAGAACCUAUCGACGUUUUUAUAUUGAAAAUGGAAUCAUCUACUUGUGAACUGGUUGUCUUAUUCGUGUUAUUAAUUAUGAUAUCCAUUUAA